GUCUAUGAGGAGUGUAAUCCUGAAUGAAAGAGAAGAACCUGCCAUUGCACAUGGCAGCAGGCUAAGCAAGGUAGCCCUGACAUCCUCCUCCCCGGCCAGGUCCUCCAGCUCUUCCUGAAGCAUCGCCAGGCCAAAUCAGUUUUAGAGAUGCCUGGUAGUACAAAAAAACUAUGCCUUGGCUGUAAUGCACAAAUAGGUGUGGCAUGCAAAAAGUGCCCCCAGUGCGCCCUGAUGCAGCCCCACAAGAAGAGGCUGACAGAUGCCUGGAUGAAAUUUUCGCAAGAGAAAGACGCCUGGAGAUCAAAGUAUAAAAAGUGGAAUAAUGGAAACAAAGAACAUGAAAAAGCGUACAAGCUGUUGGACCGUUUCUCCAUUCUGGGAUACCACCCUGUUUUGCUCCUUGUAUGUUGGAAAAGAAACAAGAAGGCAAGACCCCCAGAGACCUCCACCUUCCUGGAUGCAUCCACCUCCCUGAGACCCUCCACUUUGCCAGGACCCUCCACCUCCCCGGGACUCUCCACUUCUCCAAGACGCUCCACCUCCCUGGGACCCUCUGUCUCCCUGGGACCCUCCACCUCCCCAGGACCCUCUGUCUCCCUGGGACCCUCCACUUCCUCAGGACCCUCUGUCUCCCUAGGACCCUCCACUUCCUCAGGACCCUCUGUCUUACUGGGACUCUCCACUUCUCCAAGACCCUCCACCUCCCCGGGACCCUCUGUCUCCCUGGGACCCUCCACCAACAUAUGAAAAGGACUUGAUGUUGAUGGUGCCCAUGUCCACAGAGGAUUCAAAUGCCUUAGCUGCCAAAGAGGCUGGGACUUUGUGGACUGGGUCCCAACCUGCAAGUGAUUGCAAGGAGUGUAGAGAAAGGGACAGCACCGGAGUUUUCCUGUACUCCAAAAUAUUCAAAGAGAGGACAGAAAGCAACCAUGUGAGACAUGCAAACGAAUAUGGAAGCCUACAUGGGAGCCACGGCCAGUCCUGGGAUUUCCUGCGGUGUAGCCAGUUCAUUGUUCUCG